AUGGGAGUUGGAGGAGCAUUCCACCUUCUACUCGUGUGCCUGAGCCCAGCACUGCUGUCUGCUGUGCGGAUCAACGGGGAUGGACAGGAGGUCCUGUACCUGGCAGAAGGUGAUAAUGUGAGGCUGGGCUGUCCCUACGUCCUGGACCCUGAGGACUAUGGUCCCAAUGGGCUGGACAUCGAGUGGAUGCAGGUCAACUCAGACCCCGCCCACCACCGAGAGAACGUGUUCCUUAGUUAUCAGGACAAGAGGAUCAACCAUGGCAACCUUCCCCAUCUGCAGCAGAGGGUCCGCUUUGCAGCCUCAGACCCAAGCCAGUACGAUGCCUCCAUCAACCUCAUGAACCUGCAGGUAUCUGAUACAGCCACCUAUGAGUGCCGGGUGAAGAAGACCACCAUGGCCACCCGGAAGGUCAUUGUUACUGUCCAAGCACGACCUGCAGUGCCCAUGUGCUGGACUGAGGGCCACAUGACACAUGGCAAUGAUGUGGUGCUGAAGUGCUAUGCCAAUGGGGGUUCCCAGCCCCUCUCUUACAAGUGGGCCAAGAUCAGUGGGCACCAUUACCCCUAUCGAGCUGGGUCUUACACCUCCCAGCACAGCUACCACUCUGAGUUGUCCUACCAGGAGUCCUUCCACAGCUCCAUAAACCAAGGCCUGAACAACGGGGACCUGGUGUUGAAGGAUAUCUCCAGAGCAGAUGAUGGGCUAUAUCAGUGCACAGUGGCCAACAACGUGGGCUACAGUGUUUGUGUGGUGGAGGUAAAGGUCUCAGACUCCCGGCGUAUAGGCGUGAUCAUCGGCGCCAUCCUGGGCUCUCUGCUCGCGCUGGGCUGCCUGGCCGUAGGCAUUUGGGGGCUCGUCUGCUGUUGCUGCGGGGGCUCCGGGGCUGGCGGCGCCCGCGGUGCCUUCGGCUACGGCAACGGCGGCGGGGUCGGCCGAGGGGCCUGCGGCGACUUGGCUAGUGAGAUCAGAGAGGACGCCGUGGCGCCCGGGUGCAAGGCCAGCGGGCGCGGCAGCCGCGUCACCCACCUCCUGGGGUACCCGACGCAGAACGUCAGCCGCUCCCUGCGCCGCAAGUACGCGCCUCCGCCCUGCGGUGGCCCCGAGAACGUGGCCUUGGCGCCCUGCACCGCCGCCGCCGCCUGCGAAGCGGGGCCCUCCCCGGUCUACGUCAAGGUCAAGAGCGCGGAGCCGGCCGACUGCGCCGAGGGGCCGGUGCAGUGCAAGAACGGCCUCCUGGUGUGAGCGCGCGCGCCGGGCCGGGCUGCGCCCCUGCCGGGAGGAGGGCGCGGGGCUCUCUGUCCGCAGCUGGGGACACGUCGGGGCCCCAGGCUGCCAGGCGGCUGGGGGUGAAGGAGAACAGAUGCAAAAACUACUGCUCAAGGAAAAUAAAAUGAAAACAAGAAAAAGCAAAAGAAGAUCUGGAGAGGGCUCUGGCCGGACCACAAGCAUCCUGGAGCAAUGAAGUAGAGGGUGUUCUGGGAGGAGUCUGAUCUCUGGACUCUUGAGGGUUCUUUCUGUCAUUGUAACUCCAACAAAGGGGCAUUCUCACAAAGUCCCAUAUGAUGCGGCCCCGGGCCGUCUCUCUGGACUCUUGUCCUUCUCUCUCUCCCUUGUUUGGAUCCAGCCCCUCUGGCCUCCACUCUCUUCUUUGCAAACACCAACCAUGCUGUCACUUUAGGGCCUUUGCAUUUUCUGGUCUCUUUGUCUGGAACACUCUGCCACUGCACACUCACUCCUCCACUUCACUGGGCCUCUGUUCAAAUGGCACCCCACUGAAGCUGUCAUUGAUUGCUUUAUCUAAGACAGACCCUGUCUCCCCAACACAUUGUUCUGUAGCCCUUUACUCUGCCUUAUCUUUCUUAACAGAAACUAACAACAUCUGAUGUAUGCUUACUUGUUUAUUUAUAUUAUCUAGAACAUAAACUCUCAAAGGCAAGGGUUUUGCUUCACUACUGAUUCCCAAGUACCAAGAAAUAUACUCAGCACAUGCAGCACCCUC